AUGAACUCCAGGGGUCAAGCCGGUGGCAUCACCUCCACUUUCACCCUCAUCUUCACCUGCGGCACCGACACGGGAUGUCCGGCGUGGGAGGUGACCCCGGGCGUGUGUGAACACCCAGCUUCGCGGGUGUGUGGAGACCCAGGGGCAGAGCUGCGCUGCAGUGCCCAGUGUCCGGAGGGCGGAGCCGGAAGACCGCAGACGCCCGAGCGCCGGCCAGGGCCGGGCGGGAGGGAGCGGCGGCGCGCCGAGUCCUCGGCCGCCUCUGCUUUUCCCCUGGGGCUGCAGGGCUCCGGACGCGAGGGAGACACUGGCUCCGAGGGGGCGGCCGGAGUCUCCGCGCUGUGCCUCGGCACACACGAAACGAUCGCGGAUGCCCUGGCCCAACACGCUCAGCCGGCGCUGCGCGACUGGGGAUCGCGCCCGUGCCUGCGGCUCUCCCCGCUGCAAAGAGGGCAGGCCGGGGGACGGAGUCCUGGGAUCUUCUACCCUCAGAGGGGAGCGCCGCCUGCGGAGGCGCAGUCCCCGGUCCCGCAGCGCCCGGUGAGCGUGUUGGGCCCCGGGGACCCGCGAUCCUGUGCGCGGAGGGAGGGCGCGGAGACUCCGGCCGUCCUCGCGGAGCCCCGGUCUCCUCAGCGCCCAGAGCCCCGCAGCCCCCAGGGAAGCGCAGAGGCGACCGAGGACUCGGAGCUCCGCUCCCUCCUGCCCUGCCAGGGCCAUGCGUUCGGGCGUCUCCCGUCCUCGGGCUCCGCCCCGCGGCCAUGGCCCCAGCUACACCCGAGCGGCCAAGCUGAGCAGCGCAGCCCUGUCACCAGUGCUCAUGAGAAGCUGGGUGUCCACAGGCGUCGGGGCCUCCUCCCACCCCGGCCACCCCGGGUCUAUGCCACAGGAUGUGCUGCCCUUCCAGGACUUUCUGGCUCCUUUAAGCCUGGAGUGUCUGAUGCAGCCUUCCAAGAUCGAGCUACGUCUUCAGGAGCCAGUCUGCCACAGUCUCCCAUCGCCUGA